CCAAGCAGCAGCUAAGGAGCUAUUCCCAAAUGAGGCUGGAAAAGAUGCGGUUCAAGAUGGGAAGCGUCCUGCUGUCUCUUCUUUUCUGGUCCAAAGCUGUGAUGGCCCUCUCCCCAGGAGAGGAUGAGAGACUGGAGCUGUGGCACAGCAAGGCUUGCAAAUGUGAUUGCCAAGGAGGUCCUAACUCGGUGUGGUCCAGUGGGUCUAACAGCUUAGAGUGCAUGCCAGAGUGCCCCUACCACAAGCCCCUUGGCUUCGAGUCUGGCGCUGUCACCCCUGACCAGAUCAGCUGCUCCAACCCUGAGCAGUACACGGGCUGGUACUCCUCCUGGACAGCCAACAAGGCUCGCCUCAACGGCCAAGGCUUUGGGUGUGCAUGGCUCUCCAAGUACCAGGACAAUGGGCAGUGGCUGCAGAUAGACCUGAAGGAGGUGAAGGUGAUCUCGGGGAUCCUGACACAGGGGCGCUGUGAUGCUGACGAGUGGAUGACCAAGUACAGCAUGCAGUACCGCACCGACGAGAGCCUCAACUGGGUCUACUACAAGGACCAGACCGGCAACAACCGGGUGUUCUACGGCAACUCGGACCGCUCCUCGUCGGUGCAGAACCUGCUGCGGCCUCCCAUCGUGGCUCGCUACAUCCGGCUGAUCCCGCUGGGCUGGCACGUGCGCAUCGCCAUCCGCAUGGAGCUGCUCGAGUGCUUGCCCAAGUGCGGCUGAGCCCUGCCUGCCUC